GUAAUGGCUGUAAAAAUGUGUGGUAGCGCUUUUAUUGUGAAAUUAAAUUGAACCGGAAGUAUUGUGUUAGCUGGCGCAGCUAGCAAUGGACCAGUCUGGACAAGCAACGUGGAGGCCACCUAGGGUCUGUGAUGCCUACUGGAGUGAAUUCAAACAUUGCAACAGCUUGAGGCAUUCUUUUCACCACUAUUACACCUAUGGCACCUCCCCAUCCUGCCAGCAGUGGAAAGAAGACUAUAUUAACUGCACAGAGUGGGAGAAACACAGAGGCGCAGCGGCCAAGGAAGCCCUGCAGAGGAGUGAGAGGAACAGAGUGGCAGAGCAGAGAAACUUCACCCCAGUGUGGAAACUGAGGCAAGAGCCUCCCAGAGACUGGCACAUGCCCCUGAACCAUGGAAAGCCUCAGGACUUCUGAACUGUCACCAUUAACCUGCUCACUGUGCUCUGUGGCAGCCAACGCAGAGUGAAAUUAAGAUUUGAGAUUCUUAUCACUUAACUGACUAAACAUAUGAGAACCACAUGCUGGAGACUGUCAUUACUUAUUGCUAUCUCAAGUUGUAUCUAGUGAGCUGCUGUACGAAGAAAGAAGAGUGGCAGCCUCUAGUGGUCAAUGCUGAGUAUGACAGAAUCUAUUCAUUCAGAUUUAUCUACUUCAGCCUGUCAUCUCUGCAAAGGCAGUGUUUUUUUCCCCUCUAUCAUCAUUUUCCAAAGCUUGUGUAAACUGAAGCAAAAAUUCUAACGGCAUUCACAGAUUUGCUGUAUUAAUUAAGCAUUAAUUGCCUUUUUUCUGUUCAGUGUAAGGAAAGGGUAAUAUUGGAUUAGUUAUGUAGUGGAUUUAUUUUGAAGAUUUAACGCAUUCCAUUCAGGGAAUGAACGAUCUGUUGUGCAUUGUUUAAAUUAGGGUUAAAUUAAAAGUUGAAGCUGCACUAGAAUGUACCAACACUUGAUGGCAUCUAACAGGAGCGCCAGAUACUCCUUUGUGAUGAAUAUAUUAUAUACAUGAUUGAUACAUUAAUAAGACAAUUCACCUUCUCCGUUUGUGCAGUGUUCUGCCUUUAUAUAGUCGAUUUUGGCUUUACUCUGAAAUAACACAAAAGUAAAUUAUUCUGAACAUAUUGUGUCAAUAAAAAAGUACAUUUUUA